AUGUGCAUACCAUGGGAUGAUGCCCUUUCUUUCUUUCACACGCAUCUUCCCCCAUUGAUGGAUACCACCGAGCCGCCCGCCAUUAGCAUCGCUGAUCCUCCCUUCAACGACCCUUCCAAUUUUGCAGAUCUAGUGAUUCGUACAGCAGACAACGUUGAUUUCUUCGUCGUCAAGGUGCUCUUGUCGCUGAAAUCGCCUUCAUCUUUCUUCCGAAACGUGUUGGAGGCGAGCCAUCACACCGAGGAAAGGGAUGGCCUUCCUGUGCUGGAAGUCAAAGAAGACAGCAGCACAUUCAGGACCGUGCUCUUCUUCUGCUAUCCGUAUAGCAUCCCUAAAAUAACGACUGUCGGGCAGUUCAUGAAGGUGGGAAUGGUGCUGGACAAGUACUGUAUCGAUAACGCGUUCGAGCGAUUCGUCCGGGCCGUCCUGGCGUCAUCCAUGAUCAAAGAACAGUCAUUACAGGUUUUUUCAGUGGCAGCCGCUAAUGGAUGGAAAAAGUUGGGCGAAAAAGCCGCGAGGAACUCGCUCGCUGUACCUCUGGAACCAGAAGUUGAGCAUGAGGAGUUCAAAUAUAUGAAUGCCCUGCAGUAUUUGCGUCUCCGGGCCUAUCGCAGAAACUGUACAAAGGCUGUGCAGGGUAUGAACGUUAGAGGAACAUCUAAAUUUACAGGGAUAUUAUGGUUGGAACGCUAUUCGGAACCUCUUUUACAACAAGGAUUAUUAAUAAGGUCGUAUGGGAGGCCUGUAGCGUGUCCAUGGUGUCAGCAGGAAGGACCUUGUUUAAUUGAGACGAAACCAAGGACUGUGUACUCGGUUCACGGUUGGUUGGAUGACUAUCUGGAUUUAGUGUGCACGCAGGUGUCGCAGCGACCUUGGCCAGAUAUCGCUCUGGAUGAGGGUAUCAUUCAGAACGCCAUCGUGGAGAGUAUUGCAGAAUGCCGUGACCAGGAGUGGGCCAAGGUCGCAGCUCACCACGUUCGUCUGCUUGGGAAGAUGCUAGCACAGGAGAUCGAGAGGCAACCGGAAUUGAAGAUUCAACAAGCGCACACCGCCCGCUAUCGGAGCGACCUGAUAAUGAAAAUCGACGCAGCAUCGUUAUGUACGCCGUUUUGCGCUGUCGUCUAUGGUACGGAGCGGAAGGUACGCUAUUCCUACUAUCAGAGACGCGAGCGUGGAACGCUACUGCGUGUUUGGGGGCUUGGACAAUGGCCAAAAAAACUUUUUUUUGAGGUCAUUGACGGGGAAACCAGUCAUAUCAUUGGCGUACUGGGCCAUGGUGGCUCCGAGUCGCAAGUUAUUGAAGACAUCAGUUAG